AGAAAUUUUACAUGAAAGCUCAUAAAUCUAUGCUGGAUCUUAAAAUCUAUACUUAAACAAGAUGAAUAAAUAUAUAACUUUUUGGUGAAAGACUGAAAAGCUUUGUCUAUGAAGAAAAAACCAUUAAAAAAAAAAAAGUAGUCCUUCCAAUAUCCUCCUGUACAUCUAUAAAUACUCCUCUUUCUUUCUUUCCCACAUCAUUUCAUUCAUCUACAUCCAUCUGUUUCCUCUUGUGUCUCAAAAAACUCUUAACAUUUUUCAAAAAGACACAAAACUAAUAAUAACUAAGCAUUUUGUCGUCAUGGCUAACAAAAUAACAGUGUUGGCCGUCGUGCUUAUGGCAGCUUUAAUGGCUGCCAAUGCCAUCCCAGAUCAAACUCCUCAAGGAGUGGAGAAAUGGUUCAAAAGGCUUCCCAAUGCAAGGGAGAAGCUGACAAAGCUCCAUUUCUACAUGCAGGACGUGGUUUCUGGGCCCAACCCCACUGCUAUUGAGGUUGCCAGAUCUUCCCUCACUGCCAACUCCAAGACCUUUUUCGGCCUCACCAGGGUUUUCGAUGACCCGUUGACCGUUACCGGGUCACCCGAUUCGAAGACCGUUGGUUACGCCCAAGGUCUUUAUGUCUUAACCUCGCAGGAAGACGUGGCUUUGCUCUUCACCUACAACUUUGUAUUCAACGACGGCAAAUACGCCGGCAGCACUCUCAGCGUUCAGGGAUACAACCCACUGGAAGCCAAGUACCGGGAGAUGGCGGUCAUCGGUGGAUCUGGCGUUUUCCGGCUGGCGAAGGGAAGCGCGGUGGCGUCCACUUACUGGGCUAAUGCAACCACCCAAGACGGUAUUGUUGAGUUUACAGUGUAUGUCCUCCAUUACGACGUCUCUGGUGACGACCAAUAUGCCCAGGACAUUUAAGUCUUCUUCUUCUGUUUCCGCGAUCUUUUUUAUCUUUUGUUACUUCUUUUGUUGGAGUUUUCUUUGUUUGGCCGCUGCUCAGCUACGCUCAGAAGUUGUGUCGCUUUUACUUUUGUCAAAGUUGUACGUUUGGUUGUAAUAAUAAAUUGCUGAGCUUUUAGCAGCAUGAAAUGAACUGAUUGAAUCUUUUUGCUUCUUAAUUUUUAAUUUUGCUGAUGAUGUACAUCAGUUCUCAAUUAUUAA